AUUGUGCAUGCAUAAAACUCAAGACUGUUAAACUGAUCUUGUGUCUUCUCUGUUUUUCAAGAUGGAGCAUGAGGGACGAUGUCCGAAAACAGAGAAGAAGAUGAAAGGAGUUGCUGCAGCUCCUGAGGUCAAGGCUGCCUCCUGCUGCACAGUUGGUUCAGAGGACUGGGAUCCUGUGGAAGUCGACAUCCUAUUGGAAGAGCUGCAAGACAUCCCAGUGACACCUGAGAAGAAGGGAAAGAGCAGAAAAGUGUCUGGGAGAGGUAAAGACCCUGGAAAAGGGGAGAACACGCAGCUGAAGAAAAAUACAUCAACCACUUCCUACAUCAAGUACCUUGGACCGACCAGGCACAACACUGACACAUGUCAAACUGGACUCUCCAAAGCAGUCAACUUGGAUGUGAGGCCAAAGGCUUCCUACAAUCAUCAAAUGAGGAGGUCUGGCUCUGCUUACAACACAUCCACACUGCCCAACAUGCAGAAACUUAGAGAACCGACAGGGUUUAAAAGCAGGGGUCAGGGCAUCAGUAGCUUUCAGCCUUGGAAGAAGGGUUCUGUACAGCCAAUGCCUUUACCGAGCACCAAGCUCAUAAUGGAGGAGACAAGAUCUUUAAAGCUUGACAAGAAAAAGCCAUUAAGCUCCAACCUAUCCAAGGGCAUCACGACCAUUCUGGAGAACACCAGCGAGGUCAGGAGCAUUGACAUCCCAGAUCUCCCUCACGUAAAGAAAGGGGUUUAUAAAAACACCUCUGUCAGGGACCACAAAAUACUCAUAUCCGGGUUACUGGCUAGAAAUGUGCCCUUACUGAAUAUGAAUAUAUUCAGUGUAUUACCAUGCUGGAUAAGUACUGGUCCUUUGUGAGCUCGUGCUCCUUAAGAGUGCCCUACUGUGGUACAAGUUUAGUCAGCUCUGUUCUGAUACAAGGAUCCAAUGCUGUCUGUUGUUAGAUCACUGUGUGUAUGACCUGUAGUCUAGUCUAUGCAAUGCUGUCUUAAACAUGAACAGCAAUAAUUUAUUUUUUAUAUUAGGAUGACCCACUGGUAAAAUCUGCUCCAAUAAAAAGUUACCUACCAUGGUAAAAGUACAAUAUAGUGUAGUAAAAGCAUAGUUAAGCUUACUGAAGCACUGUAUGCAGUUGGGUAAGCUAAAACAAUGGUAAAUUAGCAUAUUUAUUAAUGGUAAAAAAAUUGCAUAAAAGGGUUUUAAUGUUGAAAUGACUCUGUGAGUGUAUCUUUCUCAUAAAGAAGUGUUUGGAUCUCAGGGUAACUGCCUCUCCUGUGUAUAGGUUGGUUCAGAGGACUGUGACACUGUCGAUAUAGACCUCCUAUUGGAAGAGCUGCAAGACAUUCCAGUGACACCUGAGAAGAAGGGAAAAAAGAGCAGCAAAGUGUCUGGGAGAGAUAGAGACCCUGGAAAAGGGGAGAACACACAACUGAAGGAAAGCGACGCCAGCAAAAACAAAAAAUCCAGAGCAAUAAAACAGAACCUGGUCACUCUGGAAGAAUGGCUUCAACUUACAAAGAAUUCAUUCUCACAAAGUAACCCAGUGAAUAUUCCUACUACGCUUGACUGCACAAGGGAAGCAUCUGGGGGGAGGCCCCUGUACACCCUGUAACAGAAAUCGAAGAACAACUCAGGCAGCUUCAGGUGUUCGUUGGUGUACUGCAGAAUGAUUUAAACAGGAAGCAAAUGCAAAUUGAAUCAAAGUAUCAGGCUUUGAUGAGAGACUGGGAUAAAGACGAUGACUACCAUCGUCAAAGGCUCAAAGAUUCCCCAAUAUCAUGGCUAGGUAGUGUGUACAGUUUCGGUUCAGACGAGGAGUAUGAAAGAGAUGUUCUCACGCCUAGCAUGAUGUCCAAUAGUAUGACCCUGGACGAUGCAGAGCUUCUUGAGAGCAUAGCCUUCAGAGGAGAGGUUCAGCUGGAUGAGGUGACACACAAACCCGGGGUGGUUGUUCCCAUGGUGGUUGACCCUCUUGUAGAUGCUGGGAAUUACAGUGAGAGGACACCUUCUCCCUAUAUCAAGUACCUUGAACCGACCAGGAACAACACUGACUCAGAGUGUCAAAUUAGACUCUCCAAAGUACCGCAACCAUGCCCCAGUAACAAAACUGUGAUUACAGGAAGAAACAGUGAAGAGGAGUCCAAGACCUCAUUCAGCACUCCUGAGAAGUGCCUCUCCCCAGGUGACAAUGUCCCCAGUGUCUGGGAGCGGAUCUGCACCACUGUUUUCAGAAAGGACAGGGGCAAAGAGAAGAAACAGGGUGUCAAGACAAAACACCAGUCUGCCCUGUGUUCCAUUAGGAAAGCGUUUGUGAACCUUUGUUGUCUGCAGACAUAUGCAGACAAGAGAGGUGGCAAAUGAUGAACGCAGCCUUGGGAA